CAGCUCUAAUCCCGGUGACAUUUUAACCAAAAGCUUCACUUUUCGCCUCAGAUCGAGCGAAGCCCUUCAGGGAAGGGGAACCCCAACUCGGGACGUCACCCCGAAACGGACAGGAUGCCGUUCGGGGCGGUGUUGGACCAGGUCGGAGGUCUCGGACGCUUCCAGGUGUUCCAGACGGCUCUCCUGGCCGUUCCCAUCCUCUUCAUGGCCAGUCACAACCUCCUGCAGAACUUCACCGCCGCCGUCCCACCCCACCGCUGCCGCCUCUCCGCCGGCGGCACCACCGCCGACACCCCCAGGACACCCCCAAACGUCUCGGCGCCUCCUGAGGGCAUCUCAGGAGCUCCUGAGGGCAUCUCAGCGCCUUCUGGGGGCAUCUCGGCGCCUUCUGGGGGCAUCUUGGUGCCUUCUGAGGGCAUCUCAGCAGCUUCUGAGGACAUCUCAGCGGCUUCUGAGGGCAUCUCAGCGGCUUUUGAGGGCAUCUCGGCACCUUCUGAGGGCAUCUCAGCAGCUUCUGAGGUCUCAGCACCUUCUGAGGGCAUCUCAGCGCCUUCUGAGGGCAUCUCAGCGGCUUCUGAAGGCAUCUCAGCACCUUCUGAGGGCAUCUCGGCGCCUUCUGAGGUCUCAGCGCCUUCUGAGGGCAUCUCAGCGGCUUCUGAAGGCAUCUCAGCACCUUCUGAGGGCAUCUCGGCACCUUCUGAGGUCUCAGCGCCUUCUGAGGGCAUCUCAGCACCUUCUGAGGGCAUCUCAGCAGCUUCUGAGGGCCCCUUGAGGUCCUCCAAUGCCAUCGUGAGGUCUCCCGAGGGUCACCUCGUGUCUCCCGGUGCCACCUCGAGGUCCCCCGGUGUCACCUUUGGGUUCCUCGAUGGCAACGUCACAGGUGAAGGCCCCCCAGGAUCUCCCUCUGGUCCUCGUGGUGGGAUCUCCAUCUCCGUGUCCUCCAACGGCAGCCUGGGGUGGGCCGAUGGUCCUCUGGGCUCCUGUCGGCGCUACGUGGCCCAGAGCUCCGGCAACGGCACCGGUGGUCCUCGGGCCACCGAACCCUGCCAGGACGGCUGGGACUACGACCUCAGCGUCUACGUGGCCACCAUCGUCAACGAGUGGGACCUGGUGUGUGGGCGCCGGCAGCUGCGUCAGAUGGCGCAGUCGCUCUACAUGGCCGGAGUGCUGCUCGGGGCCCUCGUCCUGGGGGGCCUCUCCGACAGGUUCGGUCGGAAGGCGCUGCUGCUGUGGUCGUACGCGCAGCUCGGGCUGAUGGGGACGUGCACGGCCUUCGCGCCCAACUACGCCCUCUACUGUCUGUUCCGCUUCAUGGGCGGAAUGGCGCUCUCGGGCUUCGGGCUCAGCAUCGCCUGUCUGGUGGUGGAGUGGAUCCCGACGCCGUACCGCGCCGUCACCGUGGCCAUCACCGGCUUCGCCUACACGCUGGGUCAGAUCCUCCUGGCGGCCAUCGCCUACGCCGUCCCCCACUGGCGGUGGCUCCAACUCACCGUCUCUUUGCCCUUCUUCGUCUUCCUCCUCUCCUCCUGGUGGUUGGCCGAGUCGGCGCGGUGGUUGGUCCUCUCCGGGAAAGCCGAAAGAGCCGUGAAGGUCCUCCAACGAGUGGCGAAGGUUAAUAAGAAGAAGGAAGAAGGCGAGAAGCUCACGGUGGAGAUCCUGAAGGCCAACAUGAAGGAGGAGUUGGCGGGUUUGAAGGCCUCCUAUAGCGUCUCCGAUCUGGUCCGGACGCCGGUGAUCCGUCAUAUCUUCUUGUGCCUCUCCAUCGUCUGGUUCUCCAUCAGUUUCUCCUACUAUGGGUUGGCCAUGGACCUGCAGAACUUCGGCGUCAGCAUUUACCUCAUCCAGGUGAUCUUCGGCGCCGUGGACUUCCCGGCUAAAGUGGUGGUGACCAUCUCCAUCAGCUACAUCGGCCGCCGGGUGUCCCUCAUGGUCACCCUCUUCUUGGCAGGACUCGUCAUCAUCACCAACAUCUUCGUCUCCACAGAGCUGCAGACGGUGCGGACGGCGUUGGCCGUCAUCGGCAAAGGUUGUCUCUCGGCCGCCUUCAACUGCGUCUUCCUCUUCACCACCGAACUCUACCCAACGCCCAUCAGGCAGACGGGGUUGGGCUUCGGGAGCACCAUGGCGCGCGUCGGUGGCAUUGUGGCGCCUCUGGUGAAGAUGAUGGAAGAGUAUUACCCUUUUUUGCCGCCGGCGGUCUACGGAGUGGCUCCGGUGGUGGCCGCCGUGGUGGCCGCGUUCCUCCCCGAGACCCUCAACAAACCCUUGCCCGACACCAUCGAAGAGGUGGAGAACAGGGUGAAGCAGCAGAAGGUGGAUCUGAAGGAGAAGAUCCCCCUCCAACCUCAGGAUGGAGCUCCUCAGAAGGACACCUGAAGGACCAGAGCGGGGUGGGAGGGGACAACAUGGCCACCGCCACCUGUGGCUCCUCCCAACCAUGGGGUGGGGUGGGACGGGACUUCCC